ACAAUUAAAAAAAAGUACUAGGAGACAUGAAAACAAAACAAAAAAAAGAAGCCUUUAUUUAUUUACUGUAAUAUGACCUGAAAACACAAAAGUAGUGGUGCUGCUAGUGUAGUUAUAUCCCCACAGGUAAUCCACUGAUCUCUUACCUAUGGUUAACAGCAGGUAUUUACUUAUAUCCACAAUUUCAGCCACCCAUAGUAGGUCUUAGAACCUAUUCCUCAUGGUUACAGAGGCUCAAAUGUACUUAGUUUGGUAUUCUUUGUUCUUAGCAAGAUUUUUAAUUUGUAUUUAUAACUUCUUUCACAAUACUAGGAGAGAAGAUUAGAUCUCAGCACAUCUUGGCAUCAACUCUUCUAAAUAAGAAUGUCUGCAAAAGUAAGGGAAGCUUCAAUGCUGGUUUCACAAACACCAGAUGAACAAGAUAGAAUUCUGAUAGUGAAGAUGGAAGAAGAGGAAAUCCACACCUGUGAGCAGGAACCCAGCCUCCACUGGAAUAACUGCUAUAGCCCAGAAACAUUUCGGCAACGUUUCAGGCAAUUUGGCUACCAGGAUUCACCUGGGCCCCGUGAGGCCCUUAGUCAACUCCGGGAAUUUUGCCAUCUGUGGUUGAGGCCUGAAAUGCACACAAAAGAGCAGAUCUUGGAGUUGCUGGUGUUAGAGCAGUUUCUGGCAAUUCUGCCCAAAGAACUCCAGACCUUAGUACAAAAGCAUCAUCCAGAGAAUGGAGAGGAGGCAGUAACUGUGCUGGAAGAUUUGGAAAGGGAGAUUGAUGGACCAGGAGAGCAGGUCUCAUUCCAUCGACAAAGUCAGGAAGAGAUAGUACUUCAAGGAGCAGAUCAGGAGUCUCUAAGUCUCCAAGUUCAGCCCAUGGUUAACCAACUCAAGUGGGCAUCUUGGGAACUCCACGCUCUAAGACGAAGUGGUGAUGAUACCAGAGUGGAAAAUGUAGAACUGGCUCCAAAGCAGAUUUCUUCUGAUAUCGAGUCACGUGGUAGUAUUUCUGGCACGCUCAAUAUGAAUGUUCCCCAGGUUUUAAAAUUCAGAGAAUCCUGUGAAAGUGAUGGUAAAUUCAAAAGAAGGCAGGGAACUCCCUCUCGUAAAAAACAGUAUAAAUGUGAUGAAUGUGGUAAAAAUUUCAGUCAAAGCUCAGCCCUUAUUCUUCAUCAGAGAAUCCACAGUGGAGAAAAACCCUAUGAAUGUGAUGAGUGUGCAAAAGCUUUUAGCAGAAGCUCAAUUCUUAUUCAACAUCGGAGAAUCCACACUGGGGAGAAACCUUAUAUAUGUCAUGAAUGUGGGAAAGCAUUCAGUCAAAGUUCCAAUCUUUUUAGACAUAAGAGAAGACAUAAUAAAGAAAAAAUCCUAACAGUGUCAUGA